CAUGGGUAUGUAUGCAGUGAGGGUGGUAGCAAAAGUCAAAAGUAUAUCACGGCAGCCCUCCCAACCCUCCUCGAUGCGGGUUUUCUUCUUUUCCCUUUCUUCACCCCCUCAGCUUCUCUCUCAAGUCGACGAAUAAAGGCCCUGAUUUAUUCAAUUUCGUUGCCAACUUUACGGUUUCAACCUCCUCCAACGAAAACUCAGUCAACAUGAAGGUCAUCGCCAUUCUGUCGCUCGUCUCGCUCGCCUUUGGCAGCGUCGUUGAGAAGCGCGAGUGUGCCGGCAACAACUGCAACCGUGCCAUCACCGGAGUCCAGGACCGCCCUGCUCCCCUCUCGGUCCGCCAGGCCGACUGCUCCAGCUUCCAGACCACCGUCGUCACCCCGCCUGCUACUACCGUGACCGUGACCGUCGAGGCUGAGGGCACCGCCGUCAUCAAGCGUGACGCCAUCCUCGAGAUCCGCCAGGCCACCUCCAACGUCAAGCCCACCUACGCCACCGCCUGCUCGUCUGACGCCGCCUACGCUUCGGCUUGCAACUGCUGGGGCAUCACCUCUGCUGUCAGCACUGCCCCCACCCCCACCGUCACCGUCACCAGCACCAUCGACUACUGCGACGACUUGUAAAUGUCUUCGACGACGCUGGCUUGAUGGCAAAGGGGCUUUUGCUGUCAGGAGGAGGUUCUCGGGGUGUUGGGGGAAGUGGCUCUCAGCAGUCUUAGGGUUGAUCUGGCCCCAUCUCCAGGUUUGCGUUUUUAAACGUUCCUGGAGCAGCGAGUGGCUUGGUCGGACCCGAAGCAUCUUUCAACGACCGGGUAUGGAUUCUUGCUGUAAAAGCUCCCUGCUGUCAGGGGGGAUGAUGCAUAUAACGGGAUUUUAACGAUGAAAAAUACGAUUAGAUUCUUGUAAAUGCUAAUGAUUA